CACACUGCAUAACCGUCCACAUUCUCCAGACUCUUCUUCCCCGUCCCUUGCCCAAAAUGGAAACUUCAAUCAACCCUAGACGCCACGCCGCCCUUCUCCUCUUCCUCCUCUUCCUCUCCUCCUCCGCCGCCACCGUCUCGGCCGAUAUGCACGUCAUCGGCGGCAAUGAUCACUGGGCCCCCAACGUCAACUACACCGAGUGGGCCGCCGGCGAGCACUUCUACCUCCACGACUGGCUCGUGUUCUACUACCAGCCGGGGUAUUACAGCGUAAUCCAAGUGAACGAGACGAACUACGAGCGGUGCUCAGAGGAGGAUCCGAUCAAUAAGUACGACAGGGGGCGGAGCUACGCGAUGCAGUUGAACGAGACCGGACACUACUACUUCAUCUCCGGCGGUGGGUACUGCUGGCACGGCAUGAAGCUGUCCAUCCUCGUCGAGCCCCUCCCCGCCCCGGCACCGGCCCCGGUUCCGCUGUCGCAGUCAAGCGCCGCUUGCCGGACCGGUGCCUGGAGCGCCGCCGCGGUCGCCGUCGCCGUCCUGGGUUUCGCCGCGUUCGUCCUUGGUGUGUAGCAGGGCAGUGUGUUUUUCUUUAUCGGUUUUCCAUGAAUGCCCUUGUACUUUAUCUUAAUUACAUGACAAUUGUUUGCUUUGAGACAAUGGAGAUUUCCUGGCUUCAUAGCUA